CAUACGUGACCGUGUGUUAAUACCAUACGGCGACACAAAGCGGCUGACGAAUGAAAGACGAUUCCGUUGCGACCUUCGGGUCAAUUUUUGGUAAAGUCUCUGUCAGUUGGUUCAAGUUUGAUGCACGGAAAUUGCGUGCUCUGUCUUGUAACUAAGAUGAGUGUUCUUUUUUUGCAAUAUUUAUGCGAUGGUAACGUUUCUGCGGUUUUGUGGAACAUUAACUACUUCUUCUCAUUCUACUUGCGUUUCAGACGCAUUUCUAAGAAGACUCUCUAAGAGACGGAAUGGGAAGAUGGCUACGUCCGAUGGCUCUGCCGUCUUGAAUAUGCAUCUUACUUGAGAAGAGUAUGUGCUGCGAUUGCCUCCCGCUUUCGGCUGCGAAGAAUGCUUGACUGAUCCGUCUCCUACACAAACUGAGUCCAAAAUGGCAUGAAAUGGAAGGCGCCGCACCUUUGUAGCCACCCCUGAGGAGUAUAAUUAGCUGCUGCAACAACCGUCGUCGUGCAAUCUGACAAGUAGCGCUGGAGCACGCCGCGCCAGGGAGACCGUGUGGGGGUUUUGGAAGGGAUGCAGCCAAGCAUAUCGACGGUGGGAUCGAUCGGGUGUUCACAUCUCAUCAUCAAGACCAGGUAAACGAGUAGGGAACACCGUACGUUGGUAUAGCGGGUCAGAAUGCCGCCAUUUCGCCUCCUUACUCUUCUGCUGUCCUUGUUUGUUGUUUACAUUUGUGGAAACGCCACCACCUUAGCGUGUGAGAUGGAAAACAGCACGAGUGAAGAAGGGACGGGAUCCUUGUUGAAUGCCAACAUCAAAUGGCCGGUGCAGAGGGUGGUUUCAAUCGAAGGAGACUUGGUGUUGGGGGGUAUGUUCAACAUCCACGAGCGAUCGGACGCAUAUACGUGCGGAAAAGUGCUAGAACAGUCGGGAGUACAGGCUAUGGAGGCUAUGCUGUACACGGUGGACAUGGUCAACAACGAUCAAACGAUUCUGCCCAACAUAACCAUCGGCGUCCACAUCUUGGACAGCUGCGACCGCGACACGGUGGGGUUGGAACAGGCGGUGGACUUCAUCCGGGGGUCCAUGAACAUCGUAGGAGGAUCUCGGUACAAGUGCGAAGACGGCUCGGUGCCCACCGUGGAUUACAAAAAGAUCGUUGGCGUCGUGGGCUGUUCCUCCAGUGUCACAUCAAUCCAGGUGGCCAACCUUCUCAAGCUCUUCACACUCCCUCAGAUCAGCUACUGGUCCACCAGCCCUGAGCUGAGCAUUAAGAAACGGUUCCCCUACUUUUCAAGGACUGUGCCAUCCGACGAAUUUCAGGCCAGAGCCAUUAUGGACAUAGUGACCACCUUCAACUGGACCUACAUCUCCGUAGUUUAUGAGGACUCCAACUACGGACAACAGGGCCUGUCGCAGCUGAAGGCGGAGGCUGAGAGAAGAGGCAUCUGUAUCUACUUGGCAUUGAAGUUCCCCCGAGAUUCGCAGAUGGCCAGUAGCGAAUGUUUCAACGACAUUAUGAAAGAUCUUGGGAGCAAAGACACUGUGAGAGUGGUGAUAGUGUACGGCACAGACCAGGAUGCUGCUGAGCUGAUGCGGGCCGCCAAGAGAGCUAACACCGCGGGGCGGUACGUGUGGAUAGGCAGUGAUGGCUGGAGCAGUCGGCAGUCCCCCGCACAGGGACAAGAGGAUGAGCUGGAGGGUGCCAUCACCAUUCAGCCCAUGGCACAGGAGAUAGAUGGCUUCGACGAGUACUUCGCGUCCCUGAACCCUGCCACCCACCGUCGAGACCCCUGGCUAACCGAACUGUGGGAGGAACACUUCCAGUGCAAGUGGCCAGGAAGCAGGCUCACCCCUUUUAACUACCACUUCGACAGCAUCAACAAGACGUGUGACACCAACGUAUCCAUCAACGUUCACACAGGUUAUAAACAGGACGGACAGCUGCAGUUCAUAGUCAACGCGGUCCUGGCGUUUGCUCACGCACUGGACGACGUUCACAGGACGUACUGUAAGAAUGUGAGCGGACUGUGUCAAGAGAUGAAAAAGGUUACGGAAGAGAACUUCUUGAGUUUAUCAGAAAUGUUUCAUUCACAGGCUAUUAGAAUCACUGGUCAAAAGUUCAAAUUCAGCGCCGUGGGUGACGGGCCUCCGAGGUACAAGAUCCUAAACUACCAACAGAUAUCUGAUGGCGUCUAUGAAUACGUGCCGGUCGGGUCUUACAGUGAGGGACUCGACGUCAACGUUAGCAUGAUAAGAUUCAGACUCGACAACGAGUCCUAUCCAGAUUCCUUCUGCAGCAAGGAUUGUGGCAUCGGUGAGAUGAAGAGUUUGCAAAACGAGGCGUCGUGCUGCUGGAUCUGCAUCCCGUGCCAAAAGUAUCACAUCCUAGUGGACGAGUUCACUUGUGAAGAGUGCGAGCAAGGCAAGAUUCCAGACGAGUUCAAGAGGCAAUGCCUGAACGUCUCUCUACAUUACUUGCAGCACAGCAGUCCCUGGGCGAUUGCUCCGAUGACCUUCUCAAUCUUCGGCAUCGUCAGCACGACUGUAAUUCUAUCCAUCUUCAUCCACAACGCAGAGACGCCGGUAGUAAAAGCGUCAGGUAGAGAACUCAGCUACGUGCUGUUCGCUGGAAUCUACUGCUGUUUCUUCAUGACGUUUGUUCUGAUUUCCAAACCGUCCAAGUUCGUCUGCGGCCUCCAGCAGGUCGGGGUGGGCUUUUGCUUCUCGAUGUGUUACACCGCGCUGCUCACCAAGACCAACAGGAUCGCCAGAAUCUUCAACAGAGCGAAACGUUCCGCCAAGAGACCGAGCUACAUUAGUCCUAAGUCACAGCUGCUGAUAACGUUAGGACUAGUGGGCGUUCAAAUUCUCAUUUCCGCAAUAUUACUCUUCACAGCCCCUCCCAUCGCGAAGCCAGACUUUCCAUCGCGGGAACAGGGCCAGCUCGUCUGUAGCGCCGUUCUGGACGGCUCCUUCAUGAUAGGAUUAGCCUAUCCUAUAGCACUCUUUAUCCUCUGUACUUUUUACGCAUUCAAGACCAGGAAGAUUCCAGAAGCAUUCAACGAAGCAAAGUUUAUUGGUUUCACGAUGUACACUAUCUGCAUCAUAUGGCUGGCAUUCGUACCCAUCUAUUACACUACAGCGAGCAAUAUCGAAGUGAGGACUGCUACGAUAUGUUUCACUAUCAGCAUGAGUGCAGCGGUCACUCUGGCGUGCAUCUUCCUGCCAAAGGUCCAUAUCAUAGUGCUUCAUCCAGAGAAGAACGUCAAGCUGAGAAGAAUGACGUGCGCCAGAAGACAGAGCUUCUACUCACUGCAGGGUACUUCAGAAACUACAGCCACAGAACUCGCUCUGGCGAGACGGAGGUCCAAGAUGAACAUGUGUCCCAACUGUGGCGCUCCUAUUCCCUUAGCCGUGGCCAAAUCCUUAGUGGACAAAGCUAUGAAGAGCAAGGAGAAAGAAGAAAGAAAUGCUGCAGCUGGGGGACGUAAUCGACGCGCGGUGAAGUUUAAGAUGCCAAUAGACGGAGAGAAUGCUGUUGCCUCCAGCAGUUCUCGUAGGAACCCACUUGGCACAACUGUGAGGAAGCGGGGUGCGUUUCGGUCGCGAAGGUUCACACCUCCCGAACGUUCCACUGUGGAAAACAAAGAAUCCGUAGAAGAUGCUGCCCCACCCACCGUAGAGAUAGACAUAGCAAGAACUCCAGAGAAAUCAAAAGAAGAGGCGCAGGUUACAUCACCAGAAGAAGGCUCUGAAAAACAGCCGCUAUCAGUAGAAAUAGAAACAGAAACAGAACCUGGCAAACCAGAAGUUCCCAAAAGCUCACCUCCUCAUGACAGCCCAUUGGCGUCGUCUCUUCACGAGGAACAAGAAGUCUCGGUUUGUAUGGAGCUCUCCACGGCAGGACCAUCAGGAUCAGGGAGUUCAACCACAACAGAAGAGGUGAUUGCCAACCACCAUCCUCCUGUUGAACCAGAUUCCGAGACAGAGGAUGACACUCAAACAAACUGUGUGGCGACAAACAACACCGCACCAAAGGACAAAGACUACAGGAUGGCGCUUCAGGAAGAAAUCAAAUUCGCACCGGAGGAAGAGUCAGGGUUUCCACUGGAGGAGAAGUCGGACAUAAAUUGUACUCCGGAGCUGAGUCAUAUCAUACAAGAAGCUACUUGUUAGUAGUGACUAUACUUUUAAUAAUGUGUUCAGUUUAGUAGCAAAAUUGAACAUGGAUCUAUUACCCUCAUGUUUUCUUUCGAUAGUUUCAAAGGUAGAGGUUAGUUUGCUUUUUCUUUCUGGUGAUAACUGUAUGUCACUCGUAAGGAAUGUAUUCUUCACUGCUGCUUUCACGUUAAAGCUUUUUUUUCAAAGUUGACCCGGAAAAGCAAACACGUGUUACCCUAAAUCUAAAACAAUAAGAAAUAGUCCCAUGAAAAAAAAUCAUAUACACAGAUGAAAUGUUUUUUCUCUAUUGUUAACGAAAUCAGUGACGUAUUGUAAUUAGAAUAUACGAGUUUCAAGUCUCACGGUGCCAUUUUAGG